GAAGAAGAAGAAGCAAACACUAAACACAGCUCUUUGCUAUCCAAACCAGUCUUGCUGCAAGUAAGUAAGUAUUUACUUAACUUUACACAAGCAAGUACUUACUUACAGUUUCCUGAGAGAGGACAACAUUCACUACUGGGAGAUAUAUUUAAUAUAUUUAAAAUCCUGACUCUAAAACACUGAAGAGAGAAAUCCAAGUCUUGACUCUGCGACGUUCAAAGUGCGAUGCUGUCUGUCAUUGUCAGGUCAGCUCUUACCAAAUACAGGCGGUCGUGGCUUCCCCUCCAGGCUGCGGUCAGGGCCAUGUCGUCCUCAGGCAGCCCCACCCCUCCGUACACAACCCUGGCCAUCAGUCACCCGGCAGAGUCCGUCACACACGUCGAGCUUUACCGCCCAGAGAAACGCAAUGCCAUGAACAAAGCUUUCUGGAGCGAGAUGGUGGAGUGCUUUAAUGAGAUCGCUGAAGACCCGGACUGCAGAGUGGUGGUCGUCUCUGGAGCAGGAAAGACCUUCACAGCUGGUAUCGACCUGAUGGACAUGGCCGGCGACAUCCUCCAGCCGCAGGGCGACGACACGGCCAGAGUCUCCUGGAACCUCCGGAAAACAAUCGCUAGGUACCAAGAGACGUUCUCCGUCAUAGAGAAGUGUCCGAAGCCUGUUGUGGUGGCUGUUCAUGGAGCCUGUGUUGGAGGAGGUGUCGACCUGAUCACAGCCUGUGACAUCCGCCUGUGUACGCAGGACGCCUGGUUCCAGGUGAAGGAAGUCGAUAUCGGAUUAGCGGCAGACGUCGGGACUCUCCAGAGACUUCCUAAAGUUAUCGGCAGCCGCAGCCUGGUGAACGAGCUGGCUCUGACCGCCAGGAAGAUGUACGCAGAUGAGGCCAAGAGCAGCGGACUGGUCAGCCGAGUGUUUGCAGAUAAGGAGGCUCUGAUGGCCGGCGCUCUGGAGAUGGCCGGGGAGAUCGCCGGUCGCAGCCCCGUAGCCGUUCAGGGAACCAAAAUCAACCUCAUCUACUCCAGAGACCACAGUGUGGCCGAGGGUCUCGACUACAUGGCCACGUGGAACAUGAGCAUGCUUCAGACUCAAGACGUGAUGAAAUCAGCUCAGGCCUCCAUGGAGAAGCAGAGUCCCAAGACGAUAGCUUUCUCCAAACUUUAACAACAACAAAGAC